CUUCAUUCGUGCAGACAUUCUGAAUGAUCAUCGUUUUCUAGGUUUCUUGACAGCUUUUGAUCUUGGAAUUCCUCAGAAUAAAUUAGUUCCAUAUGGGUGCGGCAUCACUUGGCUGACAGCUACCAAGCGAAAUUGCUCACCGUGGCACCAUCUUUUGUCAGCUUGAGAAAGGAUCUUAAGAGCCUAAUCCGGGGCAAGAGGGUCUCCCGCCACCUUCUUUUCUCUCCUCGUCCGGAGGUUAUCUCACAAAGACUUGUCAUAACGACGAUGAUCGGAACAACCACAGGCGUUGGGCACCAUGCCACUGUAAAGUCAAUGUUGCGUUCGGGAUGCCAUCACAUAGGAUGGGCGUCGAAGAUGAUGUGUCUCUGGGACGACUGGAGCAUCCAACUUUUUGUGCUGCUCGGCUUUAUUUUCCAGAUCGUUCUGGCUGUAUUAGGAAGCCGCAGAAAAAUCUCAAGUGCCGACUCAACCAGAUUCUUCACUUGGGCAUCUUAUUUGCUCGCCUCUUAUUUUGCAACGCUUGCGCUCGGCAAGCUCACGGUGGUAAGCUUCAACAAGUCUGAGGAAGAAUACGAUACCGAACUAAAAGCAUUGCUGGCGCCUUUAAUUCUACUGCAGCUGGGGAAUCCAGACAGCAUCACCGCAUACUCCGUAGAAGACAACCGGCUCAGCACGAGGCGUGUAUUGAACCUUGUCCUCACAUUUUCGUUCGUGGUCUGGAUCCUGCGGCGAAGUUGGAAGACCUCCAUCCAGAUGACACUGUACUUUCCGAUGCUUGUUGCCGGGAUAAUCAAGUACGGAGAAACGAUUUGGGCGCUCUCUUCUGUCUACGACGAGAACACGAACUUGAAGCAAGAGGAUUUUGAUGAAGAAACGGAGAUGUACUCUGAAUUGACCGACUUCCGUAGCGAAAUUCCCAAUCUGGAGAUUUUCUUGAAGGCUUACUUUCGGUUUGAUUGCCUAAAGCCUCACCUUGCUGACUGGAUGAAGCAACCCUUCUUCCUGAAGCAUCGUAAUAAGUUGAUCGAACAAUCCAGUCCUAAAGAAAUAUUCUUGAUAACCGAUCUGGAACUCGGGUUCAUGUAUGAUGUCCUCUACACUAAAGCACCAGUUCUAUAUACCGGGUGUGGGAUCGCGCUCCGGGUCAUCGGCUAUCUCAGUUUGCUGUUGACAUUAGGCGGAUUCGUGGGGCUUUUCUUUGAGAAACACUUGAGAGAUCCGUACGUUAUCUACACGUUCGGGCUGCUGAUUGGAGUCGUGCUUCUGGAAACUUAUCAGUUGUUGAAGCUAUUCUGUUCGGAUUGGGUGAUUGUAAGGUCUAAUAAGCUCUUAAAGAAUGCAAUGCUCUUGAAGUUUCUGAAGCUUCUUGUCAAGUGUUCGCUAAAGAAGGAAAGGUGGUCUAACACAAUUCCGCAAUUUAAUUUUCUGGAUUUCUGCCAAGCUGAUAGGAGGCCCUGGCUCUUCAGAAUCCUCAGAUUCUUCGGCAUGGCCGAGAAGUUCAGGAAACGUUGGGCACCGAAUUCCAUGCGAUUUCCCGAGUACUUGAAAGGAUUCUUGCUUGAAGACAUAAAAAAGUUUGAAACAAAGAGAGACGGUCGACCCUUCAGGAAAAGAGGCGAAUGGUCGCUCGGCAUUCACGGGUCUGUGGAUAACCUCAAAUGGAGUAUCGAGAUGGCAUUUGAUAGAAGUAUCAUCGUAUGGCACAUUGCAACCCAUGUCUGCUACUACUCGUGCCAUGAAAAAACAGACCGUAAGGAGGCAAGCAAACUGAUAUCAGAUUACAUGAUGUUCCUUCUGGUACGACAUCCUAGCAUGCUUUCUUCGACCACGGCGGAUCUCACUUUCAGUCACGCCUACACAAAGUUCAUGAAGUUCCUGAACAGAAUCCCCGAGUCUCAGCGUGGCGUAGGAAAAGUCCUGGAAGUUCUAACGGGGCCCGAGCCCGUGCGAGAAAGAGACUCAGAGAGGAGCCUCAAAACUCCAAUCACUGGGGGGUGGAAUGUCCUCGAGGAAGCGCGGAAACUCGCGAGAGAGCUGGAAAGUAGAACAGAUACAUGGGAGCUCAUCUGCAGCGUUUGGGCCGAGAUGCUAUGUUUCGCGGCGUACAACUGCCAGCGAUACAACCACCUGAAGCUGCUGAGGCAGGGCGGAGAAAUCAUCACUCACGUGUGGCUCCUCCUUUCUCACAAGACGGACAAGUUCAAAACCAUCAACUCUUCCAACAUCGUGAGCGAAUAGAGAUGGUGGCAUGUUGCUGCUACCGCAUAUGAAACUACUUAUCUUCUGAAAUUAGGCAAUAUUAUCAUACUGGACAUGGUGGAGUCAAUCACUGAGUUUCUUUCUUUUUCGGUUUUCCCUUUCAUCCGAUCUCUCUUCCGCGCGAAUGCGUAUCGAUUUCAUGUAAUCUGGUUGAGAAGAUGUUGAUGUUCCUGACUUUUCUCAUCACAUGUAUGAUAAAAUUCUGGACACAGGAUAUGGUGUCAAACAUCGGAUUGCU